AUGACCCUCACGAUCCAGGUCAACGACGCAAUCCGAGUCACAGCCCAGCCCCUCACCCACGAGGCAUUCCUCCCGUACGGCAGUGUCAUCGCCAACCCGCGACCAGACGUCCACCCGUCUGCCUUCUCGUCGCAUUCGGCGUCGCUCCCCUCCAACGCCGUCUCGGCAAACCAGGGCCACGCCAUCCAGUAUCGCAAUGUCAGCCGCGUCAGAAACCUCUACGCCCAGUCGCCCAGUGGAAGGGCCGACGCCGUCAUGAGCAUGUUUGUCUGCUCGGCCCGCGGCCUCGCGAAAAUGGAAACUUGCCCGCCCACGGGGGCGGCCGGCCGGCCGAGGGGUCAAACUGGUCCGGAACCGGCGCCCCGCGACACGCCGGUUCUCUCCAUGCUGCAGACGACAAUACGUGAUGUGAAGUGGCCAUCUUUCUUGGGUUGGUAUUUUACAGAGCGGCCGAGAACCGUCAACCGCAGCAGCAUCUCGACAACCUCCUCACCCAGACAUAACUCUGCCGGUAAAACGCUGCAUCUCCCCGCCGCCGCCAUGACCCUCACGAUCCAGGUCAACGACGCAAUCCGAGUCACAGCCCAGCCCCUCACCCACGAGGCAUUCCUCCCGUACGGCAGUGUCAUCGCCAACCCGCGACCAGACGUCCACCCGUCUGCCUUCUCGUCGCAUUCGGCGUCGCUCCCCUCCAACGCCGUCUCGGCAAACCAGGGCCACGCCAUCCAGUAUCGCAAUGUCAGCCGCGUCAGAAACCUCUACGCCCAGUCGCCCAGUGGAAGGGCCGACGCCGUCAUGAGCAUGUUUGUCUGCUCGGCCCGCGGCCUCGCUCCCCUCGACGACACCCGGGACAAGUUCACCGUGAGCCUUCUCGAACGACACCCCUUCACCACGCAGACUUUCUCCCCCGUCUCCUCCACGGCAAGGCGCUACCUCGUCAUCGUCGCGCCCAGCCUGGCCCCCAGCGAGGCCGAUCACCAUCUCCCCGCCCCGGCCGGCGACGACCUACCCGGGAGGGGGUUGCCUGAUGUGAGGGCCUUGAGGGCGUUUGUUGCCACGGACGCGCAGGCCGUGACGUACGGGGCCGGCACGUGGCAUGCGCCCAUGGUGGCUUUGGGACCGCCCGGGACGACGCUGGACUUUGUGGUUUCGCAGUUUAUGAGCGGCGUUGCCGUCGAGGACUGCCAGUUGGUGCAUUUCGAGACGAGCGGGCGGGAGGCGCCGACUCUUGAGGUUGCCGUGCCGAGGGCGAGGCUGGAGAAGCUGUAA